UCUAGAAUAUUAACAUCACCAAACAUUACAAUUGUGAAAUGUUAAGCAAGAGGUUCAACUAGGGUUUUAGCAUUGCGCUUCCAAACAGUGCCUCUCUUCUUCCCUCUUCUUCGUCUUCCUCAGUGAAUUUCACAGAAAAUGACUUUCUGGGGGGUUGAAGUGAAACCAGGAAAACCCUAUACCCUUUUUGCCGAGGAAUUGAAUGGAACUUUGUGUUUAACUCAGGCCACUUUGGGAACUGGUUCAGCAGUGAAGAAGAGCACCCUUCAGGUCAAUGUAGGAGAGAACGAUCCAGUUUUUCUCUGCACUUUGUUGCCUGACAAGACAGAAUCUUGCUCGUUGAAUCUUGAAUUCGAUGAUGAUGAUGAUGUGAAAUUCUCUGUUGUUGGCCCCACUAGUAUCCACCUGGCUGGCUAUAUUGCGACUUAUCAAGAAGAACAUGGAGAUGAUUGUGAUUCUGAUUGUGAUUCAGAUGGGGAAGAUAUUGCCGAGGGAGAGAGCAGUGACUAUGAAUCUGAAGAUUACGAGGAUGAGUUUAUUGAUGAUGAUGGAGAUAAUACCAUGUUACCACCUUCACCUGUCCGAAACAGUGGAGUUGUUAUUGAGGAGCUAGAGGAUGAUGAAAAGGCUGCAAGUGAAAAUGGUGUAUCAAAAAAAUCAAAGAAGAAAAAACAGUUGGCUAACAAUGACAAAAAAGCUGAAAAACAAAUUGUCAAGGGAGAUACUGGUGCCCCAGUAUUGGAGAGUGAAGAUGAAGAUGGCUUUCCAGUUUCUUCAUCACGUAAAAGCGAAAAUCCUGAAGCAAACACAUCAGGAAUAGCUGUGGAAGGGAAGAACAAGAAAAGGAAGAAGGGUGAAGGAAAAGAUGAUGUUGAAUCUGCAAAAAGUUUAAAAGAGGAAGUUGACGCUAUUACUGGUGAUGAACAGAAAAGUGAUGCUAAUGAAGCUACUAAUGGAGAUUCCUCUGAGAACAAGAAAAAGAAGCAGAAGAAGAAGAACAAGAAAGCCAAGAUAGAGAAGGCUGAAGAGGUUUCAAAUAUAACGCCAAAUGCAAACACAGAAGAUAAGCAGAUUAGCAAAACUGAUAAAGUAGCCAAGCAAUCUAAAUCAAGAGUUAAGACCUUUCCUAAUGGUUUGGUCAUAGAAGAUGUAGCUAUGGGAAAACCUGAUGGUAAAAGAGCUUCUCGUGGAACUAAGGUUAGUGUUCGCUAUGUUGGGAAGUUGCAGAAGAAUGGCAAACAAUUUGACGCUACAGGCAGUAAACCCUUCAAGUUCCGUCUAGGUAUUGGAUCAGUCAUCAAGGGGUGGGAUGUUGGUGUUGAAGGCAUGCGUAUUGGAGACAAGAGAAAGCUUACAAUUCCACCUUCAAUGGGUUAUGGUUCUUCUGGCGCUCCGCCUCAGAUUCCACCCAAUGCAUGGCUAGUCUUCGACGUUGAAUUGGUCGAUGUCGCUUGAUAGAGCUCACUUUCAUCGGAAGUUACUUUUCUGGUAGAAGUUUUGAGGCAGUGUUAAUUUCAGUAUGCAUGGAAAAGCAAAUUUUGUUUCUUGUACCUAAAGAAUGAUGUGUUUUGUGAGAGAAAUUUAAAGCUCUGAGAAAUUUUGAUUGACAUUAUUUGAGGCUUAAUGAUAUCGAUUUAUAUUGCACAA